AUGUCUGAAUACUCGGUGACGGAUGGAUCGGAUCCGUGCGUCGAGACAACACUUCGAGGACACCGACAGGCAGUGAACUGUGUGUCGUUCUCAGGCGAUGGCAAACAACUGGUCUCGGGAUCCGAUGACAAUAACGUGAUGUUGUGGUCGUUGGACGACAAACAGUCCAUUUGCUACCGAUUGGUGGGUCACUCGAGUUCUGUCCAAUCGGUGGUCUUUACGCCGCAAUUCCUGCUCUCGUCGUCGAAGGACUGCACCGUCCGGUUAUGGCGUAUGAAUCGCAUCAGCGGAAGACACCCGGAGAACGAGUCUGUGGUAUAUCGAUGUCAUUCAUCAUCGAUCAGAUGUGUGUCGGCCUCAGCGGACGCGUCGGCCUUCUGUACGGCCAGCGAUGACAAGACGGUGAAGAUAUGGUCGCCGAUCGCCACCAAUAAAUUCAUAGGCACUCUGUCUGGCGUUCACACCAAUUGGGUUCGACACGCGAAGUACUCGCGACUGAACCAGCAUUUGAUUGGUUCGUGCGGUGACGACGGUUUGGUCGCCAUUUGGGACGUCCGCACCAGAGAUGCCGUCAUUCAGUUGACGCCUCGACGCAAAUCAACUCACUUUACAUCACUUGAAUGGCACCCGAACUGCGAGCACAUCAUCUCGUCGUCGAGUGCCGACACAUCCAUCAGAAUCUGGGACUUAAGGAAAGAGAAAAUGAUUCAAUACUAUGCCGCCCACACCGGCGCCGUCAACGCCACCGACUUUCACGCGUCCGGCAAUUAUCUAAUCAGCGCCUCAUCUGACGAGACGUCUAAGAUAUUUGAUUUGCUGGAAGGCAGGGGUCUCUUCACACUGAAGGCACACAACGGCGCUGUCAACGCCUGUGCCUUCACUCCCGACGGCCAGUACUUCGCCACCGCUGGCAAUGAUAAGCAGAUAAUGAUUUGGAAGAGUAAUCUCAUGAAUGGUUUAGAUCGCAGCGAAUAUAUGUUACAAUUGGAUGAACCCAUUGACGAGCCAUUGCUUCUCAACCCGAGAGAUCACAUCCGACCGCAAAGUCAUUCAACUCCUCAAUCGUCUAAAGCGAGUAAAUUUCAAACACCGGUAAUGAAUGGCAAUCGAGUGCCUCUAAAGUCAGCCCUUCGGCGCUCGUGCUCUGAAGAGAUUAAGCCAAUGACGACCACUCCUAAGCAGACACUGUACACAAACGCCAGACAUAGCACUCGAUGGCGCGAUAGAGUUGAUGGAAGGGAUGUGCGAAUCAACAACAGUGGAGAUCAUCUAAAUUCAGCCAAAUCUGAGUCCAUAACUCAGACAUUCAUCAAUCAAUUAAAGACAUUAACAGAUAGUGUUUUACUAAUUGAAGAGCGAUUGUCAACAUUAGAGGAUAAGUUUGAAACUCAUUGCACCGCACCGUCAGCUCACGGCUCCAGUAAUGGAUAA